AUGCGGUUCCUUCGAAGGCAAACUCGUCGAUUUCGCUCCACCUGGCAGCGAUUUCUGCCUGCCCGAUACCGUUGUUGGAAACUCCAUACAAAAUUGGUUAUGAUUUGCGUCUACUCCACCGUGUUUCUAAAUAUUCUAUACGGAGUCUAUCUCGGUCGCUUUUCCUUCAGGCGCAAAAAGUUUGUGUUUUCCAAAGGAGUUACUAUCUACGGUUUUAUUGUGGCAUCGAUUUUUGGAAUAUGCUACGUCUGGAACAUUUAUAGAGAAAUUUCUACGGGUCAGAUCGGCGGAAGGCACACAAUUGGAAUAUAUUGCUAUAUGAACGUUCUCGUUUGUCUAUUCAACUAUGUGACACAAUGGGAGAAAACAUUGCAGAUAAUCCGGUUUCAGAAUAGUGUUCCUUUAUUUAAGGUCCUAGAUUCACUGGACAUAUCGGCGAUGAUUGUGUGGCGGGCCUUUAUCUAUAGCGUACUCAAGAUCCUUAUUUGCCCACUUAUUGGGUACACAACCUUGACCCUUUACCAGAGGAGAAUCCAGCCGGAUCUUCAGUGGACGAGUUUGGCUACCGCAAGGACCAUGCUGCCACUUAUAGUAUCGAAUCAGAUAAAUAACUGCUUCUUUGGAGGCCUGGUAAUUGCAAAUCUGAUAGUGGCCGCUGUUAAUAACAAGUUACACGGCAUUGUAAAGGAGGCGAAUAUGCUGCAGUCCCCUGUCCAGAUGAAUCUUCAAAAACCCUAUUACCGAAUGCGUCGUUUUUGUGAAUUAGCCGAUUGUCUGGAUGAGUUGGCCGAGAAAUAUAGCCUCACUGCAGGCUGCUCGAGAAAUUACCUUAGAUUCACGGACUGGUCCAUGGUUCUCUCGAUGCUGAUGAAUCUUAUCGGCAUCACCAUGGGAUUCUACAAUCAGUACUUGGCCAUUGCGGAUUACUACAUCAACGAGGAACCCUUUGAUCUUUUUCUGGCCAUAGUUCUAUUGGUUUUUCUGGCUGUCCCCUUCCUGGAACUCGUAAUGGUGGCUCGGAUUAGUAAUCAAACGCUACUGGAGACCAGGAGAACUGGGGACCUCUUGCAACGAUUCGAUCUCCAGCAUGCCGAUUCCCGAUUCAAGCAAGUGGUGAAUGCUUUUUGGCUGCAGGUCGUCGCCAUUGACUGGAAACUAAUGCCGCUGGGUCUUCUGGAGCUCAACACUUCCUUGGUCAAUAAGGUUUUCUCGGCCGUAACUGGUUUCCUGUUGAUUCUCAUUCAAAGUGACUUGACUCUAAGGUUUUCUUUAAAAUAAAAUUGUUUCUAAGUAUGUUAUAUGUUACCACAUAAUAAUUUAGCUCAAUUUCAAUAAAAACUUAAAAUUUUUUUGAA